CAGAGUAAACAAAAAUUGAUUUUCUUCCUCGUUCCGUGAAUUUUCUGUUCUUUCUCAUACAAUUAUCACCACCACCCCCUCUUUGUGUAGUGAGAUCGGCCCGCAUAAUUGUGCGUUGUUGCGUGCGCCCACCCAGUCCCUUCCGUUCCCCGCUCCGUGUUAUCAGCUGACACAAUCGGCGAUGUAGCACCAGCACCAGCUGCAGCCCAUAAACUCGACGGUGGUUUAACGAGUCGUCGCGCGCGCGUUCUCUUUGUGCUGCGGAUCGCUCUUGUGGCGAUGUAGUGAUCGAUCCCGGGAAGUAGUGCAGAAGAAGCCCUAGAUAAACGCAAAUCAACGAACGAGCAAACAACGAGCGGGCAGGCAAGGAUGGAUUAUGCAACGAAUUCGCGGCCCCUGUUACAGGACACGGAUGACCGUGAGACGGGCGACAGUGACGACACGUUCCUGGACGACAACUAUGCCGGAUCGAUAAAUGCCUCGACCAGCAACAUUCCAGCCAUCCAGCUAGCCAAGGACCGCUCCCAGGCCAGCGCCAGCAGCAUCUCAACGACGACGACAGCGGAAACGCGCAUCGUCGGAUCGGGCAACCGGAUCGCUCCGUCCGACAAGUACAACUUUACCUACGCAGUUUUCUACCUGAUGGGCAUGACGACGAUGGUUCCGUGGAAUUUCUUCGUCACCGCCGAGGAGUACUGGCAGUACAAGUUCCGGAACGUGUCCUCCAACGACACUUCCUCGAUGACGCCGCGUCAGCUCGAGUUCCAGUCGGAUCUGAGCAUCGCGGCGGCCGUUCCGGGUGUCGUGUUUCUCAUACUGAACGCUUGCGUUGGCCACCGGAUACCGCUCAGCUUGCGUAUGAACGGAUCGCUCGUACUAAUGCUGCUCAUCAUGAUGGGCACGACGGCGCUGGUACGCGUUGAUACCGAUAGUUGGCAGGACGACUUCUUCAACCUGACGAUGCUCACCGUCGUCGUGAUCAAUAGUUUCUCGGCCAUCCUAACCGGAGGUCUGUUCGGUAUUGCGGGUCAGUUUAGUGCCCACUACAUGACGGCCGCCGUCAGUGGACAGGCACUCGGUGGUAUUUUCUCGGCAAUCGCCGACAUCAUUGCACUUACCUUCGCCAGCAAUCCGGUCACGACGGCAUUCGUGUUUUUCAUUAUCGGCUGUGUGGUUCUACUGCUGUCCCAGAUCCUCUACAUCGUGAUGUCCAAGACGCUCUUCUUCCGGUACCACACCUCGGCCACCCUCAUGAAGAGCUCACUCGAGGCGGACCCGACUGCACGUGACCUUUGUCCGCGUCUCGAACCACGCUUCCCGGUGGUACUACGCAAGAUCUGGCUGUAUGGAUUCUCCGAGUGGCUGAUCUUCGUUACGACCCUCUCGAUCUAUCCGGCUGUGACGGUGCUGGUUGGGUCUCAGAACCAUGGCCGACCGUGGAACGACGUGUACUUCCUGCCCGUCGUCAACUAUCUUCUCUUCAACACGGGCGACUAUCUGGGGCGCGUAUUUGCUGGCCUCUUCGAAUGGCCGUCGAACAAUGCGCUGCUGAUUGGAUUGCUGACGAUCGCGAGGAUCGCGUUCGUACCGGCGAUGCUGCUCUGUAACAUAACGCAGCAUCACAACUUUCCGGUAUUGAUUCAUUCCGAUUACAUCUUCACCGUGCUGAUGGCUGCGUUUGCGCUGUCGAACGGCUAUCUGGCCAACGUGGCCCUAAUCGGUGCACCACGAUCGGUCGAACCGUACGAGAAGGAAAUGGCUUCUUCGAUGAUGGCCGCCUUCCUCGGUAUCGGGCUGGCGUGUGGAUCCGCCAUCAGUCUCAUGAUCAUCGAGUGGAUCAAGUGAUACAGCUUUCCGCGGUCGGUGGCGAGUGUUUAACGCAUCCGCAACGCACGAUUCCACCGCAUCGCAGCAUCUACAGGACCAAAAAUCGUCGAAACGAAGCCCCUCCUUAGCUAAUGGUGGUAGCGGGUAGUUUACAGACUAUUUAGAUAAAUUUAUAUUUACACAUACGUACGGUAGUCCUUAUGGUAGUCGUCGUCGUCGUGGUCGUUGUUGAAAUCAAAAGACUCGCGGACCCACCGUUUUUGGGCCGCUUAAAAUCUAUGCAAACGGAGAGAGCCAUUGACAGAGGGUUACUAACGUUAAAAUGACAAACUUGUUAACUGUUAUCCGUCACCGGCACAUUUAUCACGGUGAUAAUAUUCCUCAUUUUUCGCGUUUUUGGUUUUUACACUUUAAAGCAUAUGAUAUGCCGCCUCGAAAGGCCACUAGAGGGUAGGUGCCUCACUAUAUAUAUCUAUAUACGUAUCGGAUAUUGUACGCGCGUAAGAUACUUAUCGCAAUCCACCGCCACUAUUGGAGCCAGAGAGAAAGAAGCUAUGCCAUCCAUCUUAUGGUGCUUGUGGUGUAGGGAGAUCCCACUAGAUUACAGGGACCGAAGUUCGUGCGAUGCGUGAUAAAACAGUAGCAUAGCGUAGAGAUAGUACUCACAUAAUCAUUGUAAGCAUUAUACACUGCAUAAUGGGCGCCGCUGACGCAAUAAAAAACGUGAUCGAGCUCUCUCUCCCUCUCGGUAGUAAACAAACCACCGUAGCCCCGUUAAUUGGCGAUCGACUUUCGCCCUGUCGACUUGUCAGUCGUUGCAAGAUUGUGCAGACGGUGCGGUGGUUGCCCAUGACCGACUUCUAACGCCGUUAUUUGACCCGCAUCACGAGAGUCCAGGUCGCGCUCUCGGCCGCGUUUUGAUAAGACACUUGCAGGGUGCUAGAAAACAGCGAUAAUGAUGCGCACGGCCUAGCGUUUAUGCACGCGCCCCGUGGAGAAGUGAGGUGAUCCACUGAAUCGAUUUCAAGUGCAAUGAUCCGUAGAA